AUGUCGUCGUCGUCUCAGUUUAAGCAGCUGGAGAAGCUCGGGAACGGGACGUAUGCAACAGUUUACAAAGGUCUGAACAAGACCACGGGCGUGUACGUCGCCUUGAAGGAGGUCAAGCUAGACUCUGAGGAGGGCACACCCUCCACGGCGAUCAGGGAGAUUUCACUAAUGAAGGAGCUGAAGCACGAUAAUAUCGUCCGGCUGUACGACGUUAUCCACACGGAGAACAAGCUCACGCUCGUGUUCGAGUACAUGGAUAACGAUUUGAAGAAGUACAUGGACUCGAGGAUUGUGGGGAACACCCCACGCGGACUGGAACUCCACUUAGUUAAGUACUUCCAAUGGCAACUGCUAGAGGGACUGGCGUUCUGCCACGAGAACAAGAUCCUACACAGGGAUCUCAAACCGCAGAACUUGCUCAUCAACAAGAAGGGCCAACUCAAGUUGGGAGAUUUUGGGCUCGCAAGGGCGUUCGGGAUCCCCGUCAACACGUUCUCGAGCGAGGUGGUCACGCUUUGGUACAGGGCACCGGACGUGCUCAUGGGGUCCAGAACUUACUCGACCUCGAUCGAUAUUUGGUCCUGCGGGUGCAUCCUCGCAGAGAUGAUAACGGGGAAACCACUGUUCUUGGGUAGCAACGAUGAGGAACAACUGAAACUCAUCUUCGACACCAUGGGGACUCCGAACGAGGCCACAUGGCCUGGGGUCACCUCGCUCCCCAAGUACAACGCCAACUUCCAGCAACGGCUCCCAAAGGACCUCAAGAUGAUACUACAACCUUACUGCGAGUCCCCGCUAGACGACACGGUUAUCGACUUGCUUCAUGGCUUGCUGCAGUUGAACCCAGAUAUGAGACUCAGCGCAAAGCAGGCUUUGCACCACCCUUGGUUCGCAGAGUACUACCAGUAA